CAACAUGGCGGCGGGGUCCUAACGCUCUCCAGAGCGGGAGCACCGCGGCGGCCGUGGCGCUGAGGCGGGAUCCGGCCUCUGGAGCGUGGAAGCGAGCUACCCUUCCCGUCCGUUCAGUGUGGUGAGGGGCUGUGCCUGGCGUCCGCAUCCGGCAUGAAGGACUACAGAGCGGUUGGAAAACUAGGCGAAGGGACAUUUUCUGAAGUUGUGAAGAUGCAGAGCCUGAGAGAUGGAAACUACUACGCCUGCAAGCAGAUGAAGCAGCACUUUGAAAGCCUUGAGCAAGUGAACAGCCUUCGAGAGGUACAAGCCCUGAGGCGCCUGAACCCACACCCCAACAUCCUCACGCUGCACGAAGUGGUUUUCGACAGAAAGUCUGGUUGUCUUGCACUAAUAUGUGAACUUAUGGACAUGAAUAUUUAUGAACUAAUACGAGGGAGAAGACACCCACUGCCGGAGAGGAGAAUCCUGCACUACAUGUACCAGCUCUGCCGGGCCCUUGACCACAUGCACAGGAACGGCAUAUUUCACAGAGACGUCAAACCCGAAAAUAUACUAAUAAAGCAGGACGUCCUGAAAUUAGGGGACUUCGGCUCCUGCCGGAGCAUCUACUCCAAGCAGCCGUACACGGAGUACAUCUCCACCCGCUGGUACCGGGCCCCGGAGUGCCUCCUGACCGACGGCUUCUACACGUACAAGAUGGACGUGUGGAGCGCCGGCUGCGUGUUCUACGAGAUUGCCAGCCUGCGGCCCCUCUUCCCUGGGACCAAUGAGCUGGACCAAAUCUCAAAAAUCCAUGAUGUCAUCGGCACGCCCGCGCAGGAGACCCUCACCAAGUUCCAACAGUCGAGAGCUAUGAAUUUUGAUUUUCCUUUUAAAAAGGGGUCAGGAAUACCUCUGCUGACAGCCAAUCUGUCCCCACAAUGCCUCUCCCUCCUGCACGCCAUGGUGGCCUACGACCCCGACACACGGAUCGCUGCCCACCAGGCCCUGCAGCACCCCUACUUCCAGGAGCAGAGGGCAGCAGAGAGGCAGGCUCUGGCUGGCCACAGAAGAGCUGCCUUCCCAGAGCACGCUGGGGCCCCGGAACCACCCAGUCACGGCUGGCCGAUAGCCAAGGAGGGCAAGAAGCAGAAGGCGGCCCUGAAGCAAGAGGACUCGCAGUCCCGGAGAGCAGGCCCAGGCUACGUCACGGAGCUGCCCCCGCUGCAGCUCCCGGGAGUGACCAAACUGUCCUCGCACUCCAGCCCCGCGCUGCCCUCGGCGUUUGCCCGGGGGGCGAGCGGGAAGGGGCCGCUGCUGAGACCCCUGCAGCGCCGCGGGCCCGACAAGCAGAGGGACGCCCGCAAGGACGCGAAGCCUCACCUGAAGCCCUGGCGCCUGCCCGCCAUCGACAGGAAAGGUGGCGGGUGCUGAGCAGCAC